AUGGUCACUAGAGCCUGUCAAGCAUUCUUAAUCCCCGCUGUGCUCCAGUCCGUACGUUUCCGCCCCGGUCUCAACGGCGCUCCGCGAACCACCACAACAACCUGGACCUAUCAACUAAGCACCACUCGCAUGAUGACGACGGCCCCUCGUCAAUCCGCGGACGAGCUCGUCCGUGACGUACUGACGCACUGGUUCGGCUCAACGGAGGUCGGGCGGUAUGACAGCUUAGACGGCCAAGCCAAGGUGUGGUAUGAAGGAGGCAAAGAGGUCGACGCUGACAUCCGCAACCGGUUCGGAGCAGACGUGGAAAGCGCCCUUCAGGGAGAAUGGGACAACCUCAUCGACAACUCAGAGUACCCCAUAACAGGCCCUCUUGCCAUGGUUAUCAUGCUGGAUCAAUACACGCGCAACAUCUUUCGAGGUUCUGCAAAGGCUUAUGCUGGUGAUGAGAAAUGCAUUGAGGUGGCACUGGCAAUUGUGAAAGGCAGUCGCUGGCCCAGAGCCAAAGAGCAGCUUUCUGCGCCGCAACUCAUGUCCUUUCUGAUGCCGUUUAUGCACCAGGAAUCAAUGUUACACCUCGAUACCUGUGUGGAUAAUGUGCGCGAAUUGAUGAACGAUUCCAAGGCGGCUGGUGAAAAUGCCGACAAAGUAACAAAGUUAUUGGAAGCGAAUUUGGGAUAUGCGCAUAAGCACCGAGAUAUCGUGCAAGAGUUUGGGAGAUACCCGUAUCGAAAUGAGGUUCUCGGGCGCGUGUCGACUCCGGAGGAACUCAAGUUCUUAGAUGGUGGGCCCCGAUUUGGCCAGUAAUAAGAUCUUACGGAACUGGAUACUGUAUUACUUCUUGGUCGACCGCCGUCAGGAAGCAGGAGUAAAUAUCGAUUAUUCCAAGUUUGCAUGUUUCAUAGAUGAGCCAUAAGCAGUUACUUUUAAUAAUAAUAAAUAAAAAGGGUGCAUUCCGAAACUGUGAUUUUCCCAAAUCACCAAA